UGCGCGCAUCCCAGCCGCGUCCUGCUGGCUCUGCUCUGCCGGGCUCGCUCGCCCCUUUCUGGCUUUCUCUCUCUCUGCUCCCGGAGCCUGCGCCCCGCACGCCGCCCCUCCUGGCCUGCCCGCCCAGCCAUGCUGUCCUCCUUCCAGUACCCCGACGUGUACCGCGACGAGAGCUCCGUACAGGAUUACCAUGGACAUAAAAUCUCUGACCCUUAUGUGUGGCUUGAAGACCCUGACAGUGAGCAGACAAAGGCUUUCGUGGAGGCCCAGAACAAGAUUACUGUGCCAUUUCUUGAGCAGUGUCCUAUCAGAGGUUUAUAUAAAGAGAGAAUGACUGAGCUCUAUGACUACCCCAAGUACAGUUGCCAUUUCAAGAAAGGAAAGCGGUAUUUUUAUUUUUAUAACACAGGUUUGCAGAAUCAACGAGUACUUUAUGUACAGGAUUCCUUAGAGGGGGAAGCCCGAGUGUUCCUAGACCCCAACACGCUCUCUGAUGAUGGCACAGUGGCACUGCGAGGCUAUGCUUUCAGUGAAGAUGGUGAAUAUUUUGCUUAUGGUCUAAGUGCCAGUGGCUCAGACUGGGUGACAAUCAAGUUCAUGAAAGUUGAAGGUGCCAAAGAGCUUCCAGAUGUGCUUGAAAGAGUCAAGUUCAGCUGUAUGGCCUGGACCCAUGAUGGGAAGGGAAUGUUCUACAACUCCUAUCCGCAACAGGAUGGGAAAAGUGAUGGCACAGAGACAUCUACCAAUCUCCACCAAAAACUCUGCUACCAUGUCUUGGGGACUGAUCAGUCAGAAGAUGUUUUGUGUGCCGAAUUUCCUGAUGAGCCUAAAUGGAUGGGUGGAGCUGAGUUAUCUGAUGAUGGUCGCUAUGUCUUGUUAUCAAUACGAGAGGGAUGUGAUCCAGUAAACCGACUCUGGUAUUGUGACCUACAGCAGGAGUCCAAUGGCAUCACCGGAAUCCUGAAGUGGGUCAAACUGAUUGACAACUUUGAGGGAGAAUAUGACUACGUGACCAACGAGGGGACCGUUUUCACUUUCAAGACCAAUCGUCACUCUCCCAACUAUCGCCUCAUCAACAUCGACUUCACGGACCCUGAGGAGUCCAAAUGGAAAGUGUUGGUUCCUGAGCAUGAGAAAGAUGUCUUAGAAUGGGUGGCGUGUGUCAGGUCCAAUUUUCUGGUGCUGUGCUACCUCCAUGACGUGAAGAACACGCUGCAGCUGCACGACCUGGCCAACGGUGCUCUCCUCAAGUCCUUCCCGCUCGAAGUGGGCAGUGUUGUGGGCUACAGUGGACAGAAGAAGGAUACCGAGAUCUUCUAUCAGUUCACUUCCUUCUUAUCUCCAGGUAUCAUUUAUCACUGUGAUCUUACCAAAGAGGAACUGGAGCCAAGAGUCUUCCGAGAAGUGACUGUGAAAGGGAUCGAUGCUUCUGAUUACCAGACAGUUCAGAUAUUCUAUCCUAGCAAAGAUGGUACCAGGAUUCCAAUGUUCAUUGUGCAUAAAAAGGGCAUAAAAUUGGAUGGCUCUCACCCUGCUUUUCUAUAUGGCUAUGGGGGCUUCAACAUUUCCAUCACUCCCAACUACAGUGUGUCCAGGCUGAUUUUCGUGAGACACAUGGGAGGAGUCCUUGCUAUAGCCAACAUCAGAGGAGGCGGCGAGUAUGGGGAGACAUGGCACAAAGGUGGGAUCUUGGCCAACAAACAAAACUGCUUUGAUGACUUCCAGCGAGCUGCGGAAUAUCUCAUCAAGGAAGGGUAUACGUCUCCCAAGAGGCUGACUAUUAACGGGGGUUCCAAUGGAGGCCUCUUAGUGGCUGCUUGUGCAAAUCAGCGUCCUGAUCUCUUUGGUUGUGUUAUCGCCCAAGUUGGAGUAAUGGACAUGCUGAAGUUCCAUAAAUACACCAUCGGUCAUGCCUGGACCACUGAUUAUGGGUGCUCAGACAGCAAACAACACUUCGAAUGGCUUAUCAAAUACUCGCCACUACAUAACGUGAAGUUACCAGAUGCAGAUGAUGUCCAGUAUCCAUCCAUGCUGCUCCUCACCGCUGACCAUGACGACCGCGUGGUCCCCCUUCACUCCCUGAAGUUCAUUGCCACUCUUCAGUACAUUGUGGGCCGCAGCCGGAAGCAAAACAACCCCCUGCUGAUCCACGUGGACACCAAGGCGGGCCAUGGGGCUGGAAAGCCCACAGCCAAAGUCAUAGAAGAAGUGUCAGAUAUGUUUGCAUUCAUAGCCCGGUGCCUGAACAUUGACUGGAUUCCAUAAAAGGGAUUUCCCACUAACCGCCACAGAAAACUUCAAGGGCUUUCACCUCAUUAAAAACAAGAAACCAACCGGGCCACUGGUCCCCAUGUAAACACUUUUCCUGCAUUCACGGACUGCAGUUGACCAGAACUGCCGCAGGAAUUUUAUCUUUUCUAGGCUUCUUUAUAGUGAGCCCUUGGCGUUUUCUUUUUCCACCCUCUGCAGGCACAAUUUUAAAUAAAGGCAUGUUCAGAGAAAUAGCUAAAUGGCGACCAAUCCAUUGUUCAUAUUAUUAGAUUGCUGAAUUAAGAGUCCUAGUCAGACAUACUUCAUAUAUAGCACUUUGGUGAGAUUUGCUUCUAAACUAUAACCAGUAUAUCUUUAAAUGAACUUGAAAACUUCCCAUGAAA